AUGGAUUCUGCAUCUGUUUCUUCAAAAGAAAACGACAAAAGUGUCCCCAACUCAAUGGUUCUCGAAGUAAGGACGAAAGACAGGCAGAUGACCGAAGACGAACUUAUGCAUUUUAUUCAAAUCUCCGAACCGAGCAACAAAAAACAAAAACGUGGUACACUGACGGCCGAGGAAGAGUUUGACCAAUGGAUUGAAGAUAACAAAGACCGAUUCAGACAUAAUUCCUCAACACGAAAUGAAUGGAAAAAUUGCAUCUUUAUGUACAACUUCUUUCGAAGACGAGGAAGUCAAAACAGAGCCAGCAGUUAUCUUCAGAAAAUUGAAAACGCAAAAACCGAGAAAAUAAGAGCUCGAGUUUCGAAGAUUCGAAAACUCGAUUUGGAAUAUGUAUCGCUCCCUGUCGAGAGAGUCAAUCCGGAAGAUGCCAAGCGACGAAAGAACCUAGAAAGCAAAGCGAAGGCAGAAUCGGCAGCCGACAAAAUGAACGCUCAAAGAAUUUUGAGAAGCAUUCUUUUCAAUGGACAAUACUGA